GCACUUAUUUUGAUGGGAAGGCGAGUAAUGGAGGCGAGUUUUGUUCUCCGAUGAAUGCAGACUGUGUUUGCAGUGCAGCAGUUGAAGAGGUCGGGUCUAUAGGCAGCCUGGGGAGCGAUUUGUGCAGUACUGGUUCGCUGAAACAGUGGCUUAUGGGGGUGGCUUGCUCGACUUUCCAUCGAGAUGUGUACGAGCAAAUUGAAAGCGUGCUUAUCGGUGACCUGCCGUCAGUUUCGAGCCUGUGGCAGGCCUUUUUGGAGUCAAAUUCUAUUGCUUAUAUCUUAGACGAACUGUCCACACGCUAACAGCUAUCCUACGAACAUUUCUGAGCUCUUGCUGGACGUCGAUACCAGUCAAAUGACGAUUUCAUAGAGAGGUUGACAUGAAAAAACGGUCAUCCUUCUGCGAUAUGCACUGGCGCUGUUCAGAACUUGGUCUCGGGAUAAAGCCACUAGUCUCUCGAAAGCGUCUUAAAACUUUCGAAACCCAGGACUGGCUUAUGUGGAGCUGACAUGCGACAGCCCGCAGGCUGAGCCCUUCUUGCAAUAGUGCAAGGAUUUGUGCUGCUUCUGAAGGUGUAGAAUCCCAGGUAAAGUGUCAAAAGAAGCUGAGAUGUGUAUGGAUCAACGUGUGAAAGCAAAAAUCCGAAAACACGUGCUUUUAUAGGGGGUAAAUGGGCCGCAACUCGCGACGUAUCAAACAGUUGAAACAUGUCUUUUUCCUUACUUCUUCACAUCAGCCGCGAUAUCUUUUUAAAUACUGGUGUGAUUUAAAUGAAUUUGGUAUAAAUUUAAAGUUAAAAAUUUAAUCUUUAAAAUGGUGCCACUUUUUUUGUUACUAACAAAUUCGUUAGUUCACAAGAUCGCGUGGAAACAACUUCAUGUGCCAUUUGGGGAAAUUAGCUCAGUAAGAGACUGGUUACACAUAGAAGGCCCGGUUGAUAAACCACCAAGUGAAAUAACACCACGACCUGUAAAUGGAUUUUCGUGCACAAGAACAGAGAUAAGUGGUAAAAGAUUCUGGGGACUAUUCAAGGAUAUAUGUGAAACACCUGAAAACUUCUUCCGCACAAGCUUUGUGUACAACUAUUUGCCUCAGCAAUGGAUGAAAAACAAUGGGUGCAAUUUAACACCAGGGGAUUUUAGGGUAGCACAAAUGCAACCGUUAUUUGAAAUAUGCGACCCAAUAUUUAUUAAAAUUCUUCAAUUGUAUGAUGUCGAGACAAUAGUGGCAGUUGGAAAAUUUUGUGAAACUCGCGCACAGAGGGCGCUACACCGUUAUUUACCUGGAAAUUGCAUACAGAUUUUGUAUUUGCCUCAUCCAAGCCCAAGAACCGUCAACAACAAUAAUUGGGACAAAAAGGCUAUUGAUUGCUUGAAAAACCUGAAUUUACUAAAACACUACACCAAGACUGAAUGAACUAGUUAGAGAUGAAUCAUUAAUUUGAAGAUUUUAUUUUUAAUACUCAGAAUUUUCAAGAUUAUUAAGGAUAUAGUUAGGUAAACUAGUUUGUACUUACCAAGGAUG